UAAAUGUAUACAGAAAGCAAAUUACGAUUAAUGUAUAAAAAUGAAUACGAGAACUUCGAGUUUAUCUUCGUUGUCUGAUCUAUUUCGUCCAAACAAUCCAAGACGACUCAGGUCCAGAGACUUAAGUUCUACGAGACUAAAUAUCCUCAAGAAAGAGAUCCAAACGGACACCCAUCUUAUUACUCUCAAAGAACUGUAUUCUAUGCUAGGAACUGACCCGAUCAAUGGACUUACAAGUGAUAAAGCAAAGGAAUUAUUAGAAUACUACGGACCCAACACGCUCACACCAUCCGCUCAUUUAAAAUGGCCACUUUUAUUAUUCAAGUCCCUGUGUACAGGAUUUUCUAUUUUAAUUUGGCUCGGCGCCGUGUUAUGUUUGGGAGCAUACGUGAUAGAAAUAUCUGCCAAACCGGAACCGAGUCAUGACAACCUUUACUUGGGAUGUGUUCUGAUUGGCGUUGAUGUGAUUUGUGGUCUCUUUAGUUUUUUCCAAAACUAUAAAAGUUCUAAGAUAAUAAAAACAUUCAACAGUUUAAUUCCUAUGUACGCAAACUGCGUCCGUGAUGGAGUUUUAACACGUAACGUGCUAGUACGGGAUCUAGUGAAGGGAGACAUCGUUGAAGUAGAAAUCGGUGACGUCCUACCGGCAGAUAUACGAAUAAUUGAUAGCAAAGGAUUUAAAGUCGAUAACUCCUCGCUAACUGGAGAGAGUGUAGCUUUACCUCGUAGUAACACAGAAGGGACUGAAAAUAUACUCGAAUCACCGAACAUUGCUUUUUUUUCUGCACUCUGUGUUGAGGGUUGGGCUAGAGGUGUAGUCGUCUGCUGUGGGGAUUUAACAGCUCUAGGUCGUGUUGCGGGUCUAGCGGCUAGACUGCAACCCGCGCCGUCACCUCUCUCAAGGGAAAUACGCCGUUUCAUGCGCUGUAUGUCGGUGUGGGCGUUAAGUUUAGGUGUGAUCGUUGCUGCUGCCAGCCUCAGUCUAGGAUAUCCGUUUAUUCAAACAACGAUAUUCGUCAUUGGCAUAAUAGUCGCUAACAUUCCAGAAGGAUUGCAGCCAACUGUCACAGCUUCUUUAACGUUGACAGCUAAGCGUAUGGUAUCCAAAAAAUGUCUGGUUAAAAAUUUAGAAACAAUUGAAGCAUUGGGUGCCUGUACAAUAAUAUGCUCUGACAAGACAGGGACAUUGACUGAAAACAAAAUGUGCGUCCGAAACAUUUGGGUGUGGAAUAAAAAAUAUUCUGUUCUCGAGAAGGAUUUUAAAUCAACAACGCAAAACGAUGCAGCAUUUAUAGGGUUUAAAAUAUGCGCUUCAGUGUGUAGCAACGCUGUUAUUUCUACAAACAGUGAUGUGAGGGGCGACGCGUCUGAGAAGGCGAUUUUGAGCUUUUUGAACGAAUACGAUGACCCAAUGUCAAUACGCAAACGAUUUCCAAAAGUAGCCGAAAUUCCUUUUAAUUCAAUCAAUAAAUAUCAGAUGAGUAUCCAUUUUGAUACACAAAGUUCAAAAUAUUAUUUGGCUAUGAAGGGAGCUCCGGAACGAAUAUUAUCUCGUUGCGAUACUGUAAUUUUUCACAACCAAGACAUUAAAAUGACAAACGACAUGAAAGAUGUUGCCAAUAAAGCCAUCGAAAAUUUGGCGAAUACCGGUCAAAGAGUUCUAGCAUUUGCUGAUUUGAUUUUGGACGCGAAAGAAUAUCCUAAAAAUUAUAAGUUCGAUACAGAGGACAUAAAUUUUCCUCAAACAAAUCUCCGCUUCCUCGGACUUAUUGGUUUGAUAGAUCCACCACGGAAAGAGGUUCUUUUCGCCAUCCGGCGCGUACGUGCAGCCGGUGUGCGAGUUUUGAUGAUAACUGGUGACCACCCCGCGACAGCGAGGGCGGUGGCAGCAGAGGUUGGUAUCGCCACCACCUCCGCCUGUCGCGUGGUCACCGGCGACGACCUUAGAAAUAUGACGCAUGAUUUGUUGUCAUUGACACUCGAAAAACAUUACGAAAUAGUCUUUGCAAGGACAUCUCCUACACAAAAGCUGCAAAUAGUUGAAGCUUGCCAGGAGAAAGGGAAUGUUGUAGCAGUUACAGGAGACGGAGUAAAUGACGCACCAGCGUUGCGACGAGCGGACAUCGGAAUAUCCAUGGGGAUAACGGGAUCUCAAGUAUCCAAGCAAACUGCGGAUAUUAUAUUGAUGGAUGAUAACUUUGCGACUAUUGUUACUGGCAUAGAAGAAGGUCGAAAAAUAUUCGAUAAUUUAAAGAAAUCGGUUUGCUACAUCCUUAUAUCGAACGUACCAGAAAUACUGCCAGUUUUUAUGUUCAUUCUUUUUUCCAUACCGUUGCCACUCGGAGUAAUGACAAUUCUCUGCAUUGAUCUGGGCACGGAUAUGUGGCCAGCCGUAUCGUUAUCCCACGAGUUAGCCGAACAGGAUGUAAUGGCGCGCCCUCCGCGAACAUCCGACCCACUUGUAUCAACAUGCAUGUUAAACUUGGUGUACGGACAUCUCGGCUUGAUCGAAUUCGCCGCCGGGAUUUUCGCCUACUUCAUUGUUAUGGCUGAACACGGAUUCUAUCCUAAAGAACUAUUUGGCAUUCGAGAGGCUUGGGACAACGCAGCGGUAAGUGACGUCACAGACUCCCUUGGCCAGGAGUGGACUUAUAACGAACGAAAGGAACUCGAACGCAUCUGUCAAGCCGCUUACUUCGUAGCGGUUGUCAUCACACAAGUGACCAAUUGCAUUAUUUGCAAAACUAGAUACAAUUCAUUCUUUCAAGUUGGUAUGAAAAAUGGAGUUCUUAAUAUGGGUUUAAUAUUCGAAUUGGUCUUAGCAGCGGUUGUGUGUUAUGUUCCCGGAGUGAACACAUUUUUCAGGACUUACCCUCUCCGACUGAGAUGGUGGUUCUUAGCUUUACCUUUUUCAGCUUUUAUGUUCGCUUUCGACGAAUUCAGAAAAUAUUGUAUUCGAAAGCAUAUGUUUAACGGUUGGUUCAAUAAACUUACUUACUAUUAAAAUAUUUUUGAACGAUGUUAAGAGCGUCAAAUUUGAUUUUGUAUCAUUUUAAUUAUUUACUGUUUUUGACACAAUUAAAAAUAAUAGACAUGUCAUAAUUUUUUUUAAAAUUGUCACUAUUUUAUCCACGUGGUGUAACGAUACUAUUACUGAUGCUCGCUGGAUAAUGGUUAAUAAGUAUUACAAAUAUUAUUUUAUGUUAGUUCAGAUUUGCUUUAAGUAGUAUUAGUGCUUAUAAUACCUACAUUUUACCUGAAUUACUCUGCAAUAAUGAUGUAGAUGAAAAACGACUUGAGUGUUUAUUUUUGGUCUACCUAAAAUCAGCAUAUGUUUUCGUAAACUCAACGGUUCCUGUAAAAGCUUUUUCUGUUUUUUAAACUUUCAUUAAAUUAUGUUGAAGACUACUCUAAACAUUAAAUGUGAUUGUGUACACAUAGUCUUUUAUACUUAUCGUAAACUGAGUAGCUGCAAUGCGACAUGUUUAUAUAUCCGUAAAUUUACAUGUGUCCAAAACAUAUUUAAAUAAAAGUUAAAAAGAUACACAGAUUUUAACUUUUAACUACCAUGAAGUACAGCAACAACAAAGCAGUGUAUGAAGAGGUACCUCAACAUAGAGAACUCAACUAACUAAAAUAUAUAUUUCCGCUUGUUGUAUAAGGACUUUUUUUAAGCAAUAGCAUUGCUUCAUUCACCCUGGAAUUAUGGAAUAUUUUGCCAAUGUUGUCUUUUUAUUUGUUUACCAAAUUAUAAUGUUGAAUAGUUUGUGUAGAAAACACGACACAAUUUGCCUAAUCGAAUAAAGGCUAUUUUUAUAAGACUUAUAAUAUUUUUACCAGAAACUAGAUAAAAAAAUACAUAAAUAAUAAUGUAUAAUGUAAACGGUUAAGGAGAACAACCAAAAUGUUAAAAUAUUAGAGUUAAUA